AUCGUGGAUACCUUCUUUAUCGGCCGCUUCGUCCUUCUGGCCAUGAUGAGCUUGGUUGUGCUUGGGUGCCUGUUCUUGCUACUGAUUUACCACCUCAUGGAGCCGGUGCACGCCAAACCGCUCCACAGCAGCUAG